AUGCACGUUGUUCGGGUGCAGCCCACGACUCCGGCCCCAAACAACACAACGCCUUCGUCCGACAGAACAACCCAUUUUGGAUUCGAGGAUGGAGUGUCCGAGGCAGAAAAGACGGAGCGUGUUGCGGGUGUCUUUCAUAGUGUCGCCGAGUCAUACGAUCGCAUGAAUGACCUCAUGUCGUUUGGAUGGCAUCGCGUGUGGAAAGAUCACUUCGUCAGCUCCCUGAACCCUGGCCUCUCGCCGCAUAACCCCCCGACCCCUCAAAAUAUACUCGACAUUGCUGGAGGCACGGGUGAUAUUGCCUUCCGCAUGCUUCACCACGCCCACCAAGUCAAUGCAAACCCGGACGUCCGCGUCACCAUUUCCGAUAUCAACACGUCUAUGUUAGCUGUUGGAAAGCAGCGGUCUCUUUCCCUUCCCGCCUCGCAACAAGCGGCCCUCUCUUUUCUGCCCGCCGACGCCACUGUGUUGCCCGAGUCGCUGAAACCGAAUUCGUUCGACCUGUACACAGUUGCCUUUGGUAUCCGGAACUUCAGCAACAUCCCGCAGGCGCUAAGGGAGGCAUACCGCGUUCUGAAGCCUGGUGGCGUGUUCGCCUGCCUCGAGUUCAGCAAGGUGGGCAACCCGCUCCUGAACGCCGUGUACAAGCGGUGGAGUUUCUCGGGCAUUCCGCUGGUUGGACAGCUGGUGGCUGGAGAUCGCGACAGCUACCAGUACCUGGUGGAGAGCAUCGAGCGGUUUCCCACGCAGGAGGAGUUUAGGAACAUGAUUGUGGAUGCUGGUUUUGUUGUUGGAGGCGAUGGCUAUGAGAAUCUGACGGGAGGCGUGGCGGCCAUACACAAGGGAAUGAAGCCGUUGGAUGCCAAAUAA